UGCUUGUCAACAAAUGCUUUAAGAGCGCAGCUGAGCAUGAAAAGAUGUAUCGUCCAGUGCAUUCAAAUUGAUAUGCAUGGUCUAUCUAGGUCAUGUCAUGUUAAGAACAGGUUCUUUACAGUCACGAGGUUGUCCAAUACACCGAUCAAGAAUACCUUGUAAACCAAGACAGGAAGGUGCGAAUGAAACGUCGCAUGAUCGAUCUAUCAGAGUCUGGAACAUUAUUCCUAAACAUACUUCCUAUAUUUGGGACUGCAGCCUCAAGCAUAGUAAGCGGAACCACAUCCGACACGUUACGGAACACACAAUGAGUGAAUGGCUGCGGAUUCAAGUGUACAAUCACCGGUAAUUAGCAGUUAAAUCAGACGCACACAUAUAAUCAUGGCUCAUUAUAGAGAUGGGGCGAAUCUGUUGUGUCAGUUUCACAGAACAGUCGUUACACAAUGCGACUGAAAAGUUUGAAAACUAAGACUGGAACUGACGAAUGAAACGUAAUUUCAAUUCAUUUUUAGUGAUACUUAAACUUUGUUCAUGAUGUGGUGUGAAAUACGCAUAAUGUUGGAGAGGGCACGUAAAAUCUCCAAAAUCACCAUCAUAUAGUCGGAAUCGUACAAUCGAUUCUGCUUCUUGUGAACGGAGAGGACGACCUACAUUUGGGGCAUCAACCUCAAGCAUGACCAGUUUCUAGUCUGAACACGACGUCAAGAUGACAGUCAACAUCCCCGGGCUAAUCUCCGUCAUCAUCUUCUACAUCAUCAUCCUCGUCGUAGGCGUUGUUGCUGGGAGAAAGAAAAAAUCAAAGACAGUCGUUGGGAUCAUAUUGGCUGAUCGAAACAUGGGUAUUGUCAUGUCCUUGUUUACGAUAACAGCAACAUGGGUCGGCGGAGGUUUCAUCAACGGGACUGCAGAAAUCGUUGCCAAGAAAGGGUUUGCUUGGAUGCAGGCCCCAAUUGGCUACUCGCUCUCACUUAUCAUUGGUGGUAUUUUCUUUUGUCCCCGUCUUCGUCGAGACAACUGCGUUACAAUGUUUGACCCUUUCCAAGACCGCUACGGCCGAUUGAUGGGCGCUCUCAUGUGCAUACCUCAGUUCCUGGGAGAUCUCUUCUGGACAGCCGCCAUUUUGUCCGCCCUUGGCUCCACGAUGGCUAUCAUCCUUGACCUUGAUGAAACACUGGCUGUUAUUAUUUCUGCCGUCAUCAGUGUCUCUUACACCCUAGUUGGCGGCCUCUGGUCUGUCGCCUACACAGACGUUGUCCAGCUCAUAUGCUUAACUGUAGGCUUGGUUGUUGCCGCCCCCUUCGUCGUGAACAACCAAGCUGUGGACUUGCAUAGGAUCCAGGACACGUGGCUAGGGGAAGUGUCUCUGGAGCAGACAGGUUACUUUCUCGACCGUUAUGGCCUUCUAAUCCUUGGGGGCAUAACGUGGCAGGAGAUGUAUCAACGCACAUUGGCCUGCCGUACAACAAGACAAGCUGUAGCGUCAUCGGUAGCAGCUGGCAUCAUGUGUCUUCUUCUAAGCAUACCACCUGCUGUUAUCGGGUUCGCAGGAUCUGCUGCAGAUUGGAAUCAGACUAGUUAUAUGGGUGACAUCCCCCUUGCCGAGGAACAGAUGCACUUUAUCCUGCCCAUGGCGCUACAGUACCUCUGCCCCAUGACUGUUUCCAUCCUUGGACUGGGUGCGGUCUCAGCAGCCGUCAUGUCAUCCACAGACUCCAGCACACUUUGCACGGCUUCAGUCUUCACCAAGAACAUUUACAAGAGCAUCAUCAGAAAAAACGCCACUGAUCGGGAGAUGGUGUGGGUGAUGAGAGUGGCUACCGUUGCUGCUGGUGUCCUUGCCACCAUCAUAGCCAUCGUUGUAAAGAGUGUCUAUGGACUUUUCAUCCUCUGCUCUGACUUGAUGUACGUGAUUCUCUUCCCACAGUUCAUCUGCGUUCUCUUCAUAAGCAGCUGUAACACGUACGGGUCCUUUGUGGGGUUUGUGGUGGCGUUCACCCUGAGGGCAUGCAGUGGCGCCAAGCUGAUCAACUUCCCUGCUGUGAUACACUUUCCCUUCUACAACCAAACGGAUGGCCAGUUGUUUCCCUUCCGCACACUGAUUGCCGUCAUCGGAUUCUUCCUCACAAUAUCGGUGUCUGUGGGAACCAAACUACUGUUUACAAGAGGAUGGAUAUCAAUGAAAUAUGACAUUUUUGAUUGUUUUGCACCCCUUCAGUGUUCGAGCACAAUUGAGGAGCCUGAGGCUGUAGAAAUGCUGCCCGAAUCUGAUGGACAGAAGGAAGCACUUGACACAUGCUCUAAGGGUUUAUCGGAGUGAGUGUGAGUGAGUUAACGUUAUUACAGCAUCAUUCUGUGGUCUCUCACUCCGCGUUGAAAUCACUCAACCGUAAAAUGGUGAUAGAUAAAUAGGAUACAUAGUUAUAAAGUUCUAUGCAUUACCCAUUUUAAGGUUUAAGUAUUGAAUAAAUGUUCCUCUGGGAUCAAAUUAUUGAAAACAUGUCUUGACACUGAAAUACUUUCCAAAUGUUUAGGAAAAAGGUUAAAACUGCAUUUCCAAUUCUUUCUUAUACUUUCAUAAAUCAGAGAACCUUCUCUCACUUAUUGAUUGAAAGUCAUUUUUUAUCAUUUCUUCUAAUUUAAAAAAAAAAAAAAAUUCAAUUUUUGUGUUUUCUCUUCUUCUGUUUUUCAGAAAAGAUGUGAGUGAAAGGGAUUUUCACCCUAUUUCCAUUAAGAGGGUUUUCAAAAAUACAGAAUCACUGAUGGACAAUUUUGAUUCACAAAUUACUAUUUCUGAGACUAUUUACACAAAGUGUAAAUCUGCAUAUUCCCUAUUUGUUUCGAAACAAGGUUUUUUCACAACAUCCACAUAAUCAUUGUUAUACAAUAAAGAGGCAUUGAAUUUCCAAUAACCGCCAACCCUUUCUUUCGAUGAAGAAUCUGACAAAGUCAUAGUAACAGCAGGGUGGUCAGAUUUAUAGCCAGGUGUGAUUGAUGCAUUAGAGUGAGUGAGUGAGUGAGUAUGGUUUUACGCCGCUUUUAGCAAUAUUCCAGCAAUAUCACGGCGGGGGACACCAGAAAUGGGCUUCACACAUUGUACCCAUGUCGGGAAUCGAACCCGGGUCUUCGGCGUGACGAGCGAACGCUUUAACCACUAGGCUACCCGACCGCCCUUGAUGCAUUAGAUGUCUAGUUAGCAGUAUCACCUGAAACAAUAAAAAUAUACUGUUGCCUUGGGUUCUUUUUCCACCUUGUAAAAUUCCUUAUACCUUAUAUUCCUUACUAAAUCCAUAUUUUCUAGUUUUAAAAAAUAAAUUUAUAUUUCUUGCUCGUGGAUUGUUAAUAUUUUUUUAUUAUAUUUUUUAUCAUUUUUUAUAAGGGCAAUGGUUGAAUUCAAAACCAGGUUCAAAUCUCAACAUAUGACAAUAGAGUGAUUUUCAAAUUCCUCUAUAUUAGUAAAAUAUGUUUUAUAGAAAUUUGGAUCAUCCCGGUUUGUUCCAGAAACAGUGGCUAGAGUCAUCCUUAUGUCUUCAAUGGUGAUAUCUGCUGUUAUAAAGUUUUCAUUAGUAUGAUAAAUUUCACAUUUAUGUAUAGUUGCUUCUAUGUUAUUAUUUAUCAAAAUAUAUACACCGCUGACAUUUGACGUAAAGGGUGAUAUUAUACACUGCAAUCCAAAUUCAUUUUUCAUUUUAUUUUCAUCAUCUGUGCUUAUGUGGAUAUCUGUUAAACAAAUAAUAGACAUUUGUUCAUUAUGCCACAAGUUCAUAACUGUAUAAGAACACCCAGACAGAGGUUGACAAAUAGUCUAAGCCACAUGUUAUUUCAUGGAAUAACGAGGGGGCAUGACAAACAAAGGAAGUAUAGUAUUCCAAGACGUUUAUUUAUAACAUUUCUGACUUUUUCGUUUGAAAAUGAUAAAUUUGAAAUAUACAACUGUAUCACGUAGCUCCGCAAUCUGCCCCACGCUUCAGGCUGCACACAGCAAAAUGUUUUCCCAUAGACUUCUAUAGUACGUUAUAUAUUUAAAAUAAAAAUAAUUAAGCACCAACAGUGUGUGUGUUAAGACCAAAUGUCACCUACUUGAAAAUAUGUGUGGUCACAUUCAGCA